CUUUCCUUCAGUCGGGUCCAUAAACAUGGAGAUUUGGAGCUGAUUCUGUGUCCAUCUCAGGAGCGAGGAGCAGAGCCUGAGUGCGAGGAAUCAGAAGCAGCAGUCUCACCUGAGCCGCAUCGUGCCUGAUCGCCAUGGGACUGCUGAGGUCCUUUUUCGUGAGCAUUUCCCGACGCAAGCCACUGGAGCCUGAUGGCGAGAAGUCCACAUUCAACAGAUGCCUGACCACCCUGGACCUGGUGGCCCUCGGCGUGGGGAGCACGCUGGGGGCUGGGGUCUAUGUUCUUUCUGGAGAGGUGGCCCGAGACACGGCUGGUCCCAGCAUCAUCAUCUCCUUCCUGAUCGCUGCGAUCGCCUCGAUUUUUGCCGGCCUGUGCUACGCAGAGUUUGGAUCCAGGGUCCCGAAAACUGGCUCUGCAUAUCUGUACAGCUACGUGACAGUAGGAGAGCUGCUGGCCUUUAUCACUGGCUGGAAUUUGCUACUGUCAUACGUCAUAGGGACAUCAAGUGUGGCACUGGCCUGGAGUGGAACCUUUGAUGACCUGAUUGGUGGCGUCAUAUCCAAGUAUUUCGAACAAAACGCUGGCAUGGAUGUCCCAGGUUUAGCCCCCUACCCAGAUGUCUUUGCAGCCUCCCUCAUCCUGCUGCUGUCAGGCUUGUUGGCCUUCGGAGUGAAAGAGUCAACCACGAUCAACAAGAUUUUCACAGCCAUCAACAUCCUGGUUCUGCUCUUCGUCACCAUCUCAGGCUUCAUCAAAGGAGACCUCAUAAACUGGAAUAUCAGUUUUGAACCCGGCUCCAACGCCACAGAACAGCAUGGAAACGGAGGGUUUUUCCCUUACGGCUUCAGCGGAACCCUGGCUGGGGCGGCCACUUGCUUCUACGCCUUCGUGGGCUUUGACUGUAUCGCGACAACUGGUGAGGAGGUGAAAAACCCCCAGAAGUCGGUCCCAGUGGGCAUCGUGGCCUCUCUACUCAUCUGUUUUCUGGCCUACUUUGCCGUUUCUGCCGCCCUCACCCUGAUGAUGCCCUACUAUCUUCUGGACGAGAAGAGCCCACUGCCGGUUGCCUUUGAGUACGUUGGAUGGGGUCCUGCCAAGUACGCCGUGGCAGUUGGGUCGCUGUGUGCUCUGUCCACCAGCUUGUUGGGCUCCAUGUUCCCCAUGCCAAGGGUGCUGUUUGCCAUGGCAAGAGAUGGCUUACUCUUCGGCCCACUGACUCGAGUCACCAGCAAAGGGAGCCCAGCCAUUGCCACGAUAUCAUCUGGAGUUGUGGCUGCUAUCAUGGCCCUGUUGUUUGAUCUGGAAGCGCUGGUGGAUUUGAUGUCCAUCGGAACACUGUUUGCGUACACGCUCGUAGCCAUUUGCAUCCUGAUACUCAGGUAUCAGGUGGGGGAAGCCAAAAAAUCCGACCUGCAGGUGGUGGCAACAAGCAAGUUUGGCUUUCUGAAACUACCGCAGACGCCCACCGCCUCCACCUCCACAAGAGUGACAAUCCUCACCGUAUGCGCUGUGGUGUGUGUGACAGCGCUGUGCGUCAUGCUAAUGCAAGCUAUGGACGCGAUAGAAAAGGCAGAAGCCUGGAGCAUCGCUGUCGUCAGCAUACUUGCCCUUAUCAUAGUGCUCAUCGUUAUCUUCAUCUGGAUUCAUCCGCAGAACGACACCAAGGCAGCGUUUAUGGUGCCUUUCCUCCCGGUUUUGCCCAUCGUGAGCGUGUUCAUCAACGUCUACCUGAUGGUGCAGCUCAGCGGACAAACGUGGAUCCGAUACGCCGUUUGGAUGGCCAUAGGUUUGCUCAUCUAUUUCAUAUACGGCCUCCAGUUCAGCCUCCUGAGGAAACGCAGGGCGCCCGACGCUGCGGCGGUGGAGACCAUCAGCAAGCAAAUAGACAAUGAAGUCAUCAAAGAAAACCGGUUCUAAAUAUGUUGGCGAGCGCUUGAGAGUUUUGAAUCUAAUGUGAUACGUUUGCACAUUUUGUUGAUAAAUCAUUGCUGCACCCGGACGAUGAUAAGAAUGGUAUCAUUAUGAGUGUAUUAUCAGCGUUAAUACAUGUGAAUCAACAACUCGUGCGACCGGACUGGAGACCUUAAUUCAACAUAUUCUGUGCAUUUUAGGUCAAGUUUGAUUUGAAUGUUCAGCCUGAGAGGCGUGCGGAGGACAUGGCAGUAGCUAUGUAGGCUGGUGUAUUUUUUACUUUAGAUUUGUAAAAACAGCUACGCUAAACACGAGGGGAAACUUAUGUCUUCAAAUUGUCUGUAGAAUAAUUGUGUCCUUUUUUCGUUUUUUUUUUUUUUAACAAUACACGAACACAGCCAAUGUGAAAAUAAAAUCUAACACGGUGAAAAGUCUUUAAAGCAUAUAAGCAAAAUUCCCCUGUGAUCACCUCUAUUUUAUUUUAAAUAAUAAUAGCAAUGGAACAGCAUUGAUAUUCACCUGAACGUUGUAGAUACUGACACCUCUGUACUUGUUGUUUUCCCCUGAAUCACUGUAAAUAUUUGUGUUGAUUAA